CCGCUGCCCCUGCAGUCUAUCUCACAUCUGUCCCGUGUUGUUUGUGAGACCGAGAGAGCUGCGGCCUUUUACACCGACGUUCUCGGUUUCACAGAGAUCAAGAGGCCUUCCUCGUUUGAUUUCGAAGGCUGCUGGCUCAUUGGUUAUGGGAUAUCGUUACACCUUAUCAAAGGGACUCCUGUGCGGCAGCCACGGCCACUCAAUCCUAGUGAUGAUCACACCUCCUUCCAGGCGACUUCGCUCGAGGAGGUGGAGCGGCGCUUGAGCGAUUUCAACAUUCCAUUCGUGAAGGCAAAUGUGGAGGAGCACGGGAUAGUUGUUUCGCAGGUCUUCUUCCAUGACCCGGACUACAAUAUGAUAGAGAUCUGCAAUUGCGACAAUCUUCCU